GACUCGCAGAGCGAGCAGGCGUUUGAUCGUGGAAGUGAGGCGUUAUGCGCUGGCGCAGAAACUCGCUGGGAUGGAUCACACUAUAGAGAACGCUGUCGUGCUCAUCGCGAGCGACAAGGCCAAGGAGCGACAGGAAGGGCUGCUGCGCUAUCGGGAGGCCUUCAGCGACCCUGGGGUCCUUUCCUCCUUGCCAGAUGUUUUGGAUGCAAAAGACAUACGCACCGGGAAACCAUGCUGGACCAGCGUGUUCCAGUCCCUUUUCGACGCCCUCUUCAUCGAGAGGAGUAUUUGUAUAAAGAAGGCAAAGGGCGGUGGUGGGACUGGCGAAUUACAGGCUGCGGCGCUUAAACGCUUUCAAGAUGUCGCAAUUCUCGUAUCAUGGAUGGUCGAUCAGGCACGUUUGCGCAUCGGCAGAAAGACGACGCGAGCCGUUUUCGCUCAUCUCACUCAGACGCUCGGUGCGGAGAAUGCUCAGCUUCUGGAUGCCCUGAUACCGCCGUAUCUGCGUGCGCUCAAAUCACUCUUGACUUGGAAACCCCAUGCGGAUCAUCUCGAGGAGAAGAGCUGGCUGGACGGCGUAUCAAUCUGCUGGAACUUGCUUCUGGGGGACAAGGUGUCAGACCGGAUCACGGGCUCUGAUGAGGUCGACUUGGAAAGAUACGCGAAUGUCUUGGCAGUCGCUGCUGCCGACAGGAAGUCGGGGUCGGCGACCCUCACAAACGCUCAUGCAGCAGACGCUUUUCUCUGCCUUCAGGCAAUGUUUGAGAGCUGCGUAGCCCCCUUAGUCGGCUUGGCUGGCGAGCGCUUCGGAAUUCACAUGCUCGAGAAGUACGUGCGGUACUUCGUGUUACGUCCAUCCGAGUCGACCGUUACCCUGCCCGUCAUCUCUAGUCUCAACGUCCUUUUAAGAGCACUACAACUCAACGAACGCAUACUCACCACGACGUUUGCAACCAUAAUUUGGCCCCCUCUGCUUCGUCUCUUCACGACCAAGUCUCUGACGCUUAAGGAACACGUACUCAUAACGCUCGAUCUCCUGUUACCGCUACUUGCCGUUCCCCCGCCGUCUGUCUGUGGAUCGGCUAGCGAAGAGACAGCGAAAAAGAAGAGGCGCGCCGAACUACGUGCAAAACUGCAAGAUCUUCAGCAUCUACUCGUCAAAGAGCCGCUCAGCCGCACGGGUCUCCGGCCGUUGCCCCUGGGGAUACUUUCCUUAAGGCACAUACCCAUCGAUGAAGGUGCCUUUACAGAGCCAUGCCAGACUAUGACCUUCCAGGCCUCUUUCGGCUUUGCAGCCCCAAAUACGCAUGACUGGUGCGGCCUAGAGCUGGCGGCAGAUGUCAUCUCUUUUCUAAUGAAAAGCGACAGAGAAGUAUUGCACACUCUUGAGGACGAGCAGCAUAAUCGCGGUCCCCCCGUCAAAGACGCGUCAUUGAUGCCAGAGAAGAGGGAAAGGUCUGACAAAGCCAACUCCAGGAUGGAAGUGUCUGCUACACCAAACCCGGCCGUACAAGUGGAGGUUGGCCUUGCGGCGAAGACGAGAUGUAAAGUCAAAACGCCAGCUUCAAGCACGGAUGCGCAUGAUCGACCCGCAAAACGGGUGCGUACUAGCGAGAGGAUGCUUGCUCCCGGGUUAUUGCCGGGUACGCAACAGGAACCCUGGUUGGAAUACUUCUCCGAAGUGCGCGCCUCGGACCCUUCUUCCAAAAUGCGUCGGCUAUGGGGUUUGCAAGUGCUGGCCAUGUGGAUGGAAAAGCAUCCAGAGGAUGCAACAAAGGCGCUCAACGACGAUCUUGCAGGCGAGAUCGCAGAAGCUUCCAAUGAUUCAGACGAGGAGAUUGCCUCGUGGGCCACUCUCACCUUGGCAUGCGCAACCGCAUUACAGACAAACAGCAACGAGAGUUCGCGAUGGAAGAUUUGGCCCCGGAUUUGGUCGCUUAUAACCAGACGCGUUGCUCUGCCACAUCUCAGUCGCGCCUCAGCCACGCUUGCGAAUGCUAUGCUGCGAUGUUCCUUGGUCGAUACGGCCACGCUACCAAAGGAUGUCUCGACCAUCAUUUUUGAGCUCUCCAGCCAAGCAAUCACUCGCCCAUCCGAAGCCUUGUGCGAUCUCCUUUCGCGAAGCUUGGAGAUUAUAGACGCGAAUCGCGCUUCGAUCGACCCAGCUGUGGUUAAAGGUGCUCUCGCACUGGUGCAGAGUCUAUGGAUUCCGAGCUUCGCAAGCUCUCCAGCCACAAGCACGGCAUUCGACGCCAGCGUUCACUGCCCUGCUGCUACUAUGCUGCACCUACUAGCUCAGCUUGGCGGGUUACAGCAUUGCCCGAACCUUACAGUAGGAAAACCAUUCCUUGAAGGUUCCGCCUGCAUUCGAAACCUGGCAGCGAAUAUCGAGCAUCGCGCGAUGCUUCGAUAUGUCAUCUUUGCUGAGCUCGAUGAGGCCAAGGUCCCAACUUCCACCAGCAAGCAUCAGCCCAUACCUCGAGAGACCCUUUUCAUCCCGCUGGAUCCGAACACCCCAGCUUCCAGGCUGUCCAGCAGCCUGGCAUCCAGCAUCAAAGUGGUACUGGAAAAUUUUAAUGUGCGAGCUAUGGACAUGGUUGGGCCCUCCGUACUUUCCCAAUACCAUUCCUAUCAACUUCGUCAAUUCGUCGAAUUCGCGGCAUUGGUGCUCCUCUUCCGCGGUCUCAUGCACGUCAACGGAUUCAGUACGCCAUCCGAGCUCUUCAUGAAGCCACUGCAAACGCUUCAGACUGUGGCAAACGAAUGUGCUCUUCGAACUCGCACCGUCGAGGAAAAGCAUUUCAUCCUUUCGCCUUUGGUCUGUCUAGGUCUUCCCGCUCCUAUCAGCGCUGCCAGAAGCGCGAUAGUCCCUCCAGCACGCCGAUCCGGUGUCCGACAUGAGCAUUUCAUUCAAUUUACUGGGCCGCAUCGACAGUUGGCAGACCAAGGUGUGCAGCAUUUUUUGCGCGCGUGCUUUGAGAUUGAGGACAGCAUGCCAGACACUUGCGCUCUGAGCGACGCACUCGCGCAGGUGAUCAAGGUCAUUUCUCCGGAAGUUGAGAUGGCGAAGCCGGAUCUUUUACAGGGAGAAGAUGACAGCAUGGAGGCCGAUUACGAAUACGACAAACAGGUCAAGGAUGUGCCCAUUCCUGGAAACGUCACACUCGACGUACUGUUGAAUGGCAGCAUUCGUUACGAGAUCACUUCAUUUGUUUUUGCAAUAAUCGCGGUCAUGCACGCAGUCCGAAAGCAGUCUUCGUCUCAGAAUCAACGCCGGCCGCUUCACCUCAUCUUGGAAAAUGGGGCUGAUCUUGCCAGAGUCAUUAUGCUUUUGCCCGCAGCUGUUCACGCCACAGACAGUGGCCUUCUUUCACUCGACGAUAUGGAGCUGCAAGAACUUCUUUCCAUCACCGGAGAAGAGCUGCUUCCGAAAUACCAGUACAGCCGCGACCCAGUCGCACACAGCAUCACCCUAAAGGUCAUCCGCAUUGUGAUACGUCACGAAAAGUUUGCAGCAGACUCUGUUGGGCUCAGAGACAUGUGCCGUUGGUUUAUGAUCCACUCUGCCAAAGCCAAGACUUUCUUUGUCUGGGAGACGGUCAGCGACAUUGCUGAGCUACUCUAUGACUUUUUGACGUGCUCAGGUCUCGUAGACAUUUGGAAUCCUGAUGGCGAAUGCGUCAGCAACAUCGAACCCACCCAGAUCAUGCAAAACUUGCAAGGUGCGGCUGAUUUGCGGACCAGAUUCCAUGCGGCGACUUUGCUCGGUGCCCUCUUUAACGAUCUCGCCAUCACUCCGGGUGAUGAAGCUGUCGAGCAGGAGCAACGUUUGUUCCCGCAACUACAGAACGUCGCCAUCCUCGACGUCACAAAAUUCGAAGGCACCCUCACGACGUUGCUUCUGUUCGGGAAUAUCACUGUCCUCUCGUCUCUGAACCGCAGUGACGGCCUUGGCUCGCUGCUGGAGAUCGCUAUGCGACGACGCGAUUACAGCGCUCACUUUGCAAGUGUAAUGAAGUGCGUCGCCAGCCAUCUGGGCUUCGAUUCCACGAUGGAACUGUACAGCACAUUCGCAGCUCAAAUCGUAUACAGCAUACACCAAUUGAAUCAAGACACCCUCGCUGUUCCGUGGGAGGCGCUGGGGUACCGCAGCCAGCGCGCAUGGGCCACAAGUAAUCUUCCUGCAAUUGGGCUAAUGCUACUCGAGCUUUUUGAAGGGGAAGACGGCUCAGGGGACUUCGAUGUCUUCUGUAAAAUGGCUCGCGUGGAGCGUGAGAUGGCACUGGAUAUCUGCAGGCCAUCCAUCGCUGCCUUCGAAUUGGGCGACUCGGCGACGCGUCUACGGCAAGGUACCACCGCCGUCACCGCUGGUGCUGUUUGGGAUCUAGCCGUCACCAACCUCCGACAGUGCGAGAAGUCGGGGGCGUCUGCCAAAGUAAUGCAUCAGCGGCUCAAAGACGCCAAAGACCUGGUCACAGCGUGGCUCAUGCGUUUCGCUUGGCUAAAAGACCACACGACCAGCGAUGAGCUGCUUCUGGAGAUAGCAACAUUUGGCCAUAACCAAGCCGCUGCACUAAGGAAAGUCUCGUCUCCGCCCUCCAGCAGUCUCAGCGACGUUUCUGAGCUUCACGAACCGCCUCGGCCGUUUCAUGACCCGAAAGCCUUGUUGAAUGCUCUUUCGACGCUGGAUCAUCAAGCAGGUGGCAUUUUUGACGCGAGCUCGGGUUACCACAUCUUGCAUCACCUCUUUGGCUUUAUCUUUGACGCCAAGCUCGUUAACGAUCAAAAGCGGCUGCUUCGAGGGGUGAUCAUUUACGUUUCCAUGUGCUACAAUGCCGUGCAGAAAAGCCAGGCGAUUCUUAACCUGAUCUUGCGGAACUGCUCUUCACUGCUCAAAGAAGUCGACCUCAUACCGCUUGCUGCUACACUGCUCAACUGGGCUGCCACAACGGCCAAGUAUAGCGCCGCUCGAUCGCGGUGCUGGAUUGUCGCUCUCGCACGCGCAGGCUACGCAGUUGCUAGCCAUCUGCGCUCUAGUGACGCAGAAGCGGUGCGACUGGGAAUUCAGUGCAGGCAAUGGCUGCAAAAGCUUGCGUCGAACUGUCUUGCCGUGCCCGCUACCGAAAAAAUUGUGCUUUGGGUUCUACUCUUCUGGCCGGACAUCAUUGCCGAAACGCUGUCAUUGAAGGUGCAAGCACUCAGUCUUCCCCAAGUUAUGGAUGCUUUGGCCCAACUCCCGGACCUGUCGAUCAGCAAUUCCGCGCUAACCAUCAUUCUUUCCAAAGUGCGCGACGCCGACUCUGCGGACCGUGCCAUAUUUGCUGAAGAAGGGCUCUGGCUUCUAAAGCAGCAAGCAAUCUCUCGGCAACGUGAGGCACAAACGCAAGCCCGAUUUGCGCAUCUGUUGGCACAGAUUCUGGUGCAGUCUGGGGGCCAGUACCGUAUGCCCUUUGCACCUGCUAGUACGAGGUUCGCCCAGACGAUCAGGCGGGCAAAGGCGUGGGGUCUUGAAAGUCCGAAAGGAGCAACGACCUUUUCUGCCGAGCAUACAUUCUUGGGUUUGGUGCUCAGGUUCUGGCACAAUCUUGAAGAUGGGAAUCACCAGGACCUGCUGCUCUGCCUGCGAUCUGUCAUGGCGCACACGGCAUCAGUCGACGAUUUCCUCGAGGGCAUGGACUCCAGUGAUGCUGAAGAAUUGCGCCUGAUUGCAGCAUUUCGGAGCAACUCGCUCAACAUCUCUCAUCGCACACUGAACGAAUCACUCGAGCUCAUUCCAUCCAGUACGUCUGCGACAUAUUCCGUCUGGAUAGGAGCAAUCUGCGAAGCAAUCUGCGUGUCCUUAGCAACUCCUACUUCUGCGUUCGGCAACAUCUACGUCCAACUCGUGCCAUUGGCACGUCGCUACACAAAAUUGGCAGAGCAGAUGGGGCCGUUGCUCAUUCGCCGUGUGUUGCAAGCUGACGAGGGCGCAUGUGACGAGAAAGAUCUCCGAGCAUUGUAUCAAUUCUUCAAUCACGUCACAAAAUCGGCUGCAGCCGACAAGCGCAUGCACACCUUCGUGGUCGAUUGCGUCUUAUAUCUGCGACAAGCUGAGCACAAGGAUUCUGGGGUCAAUCUUUCUCUUGCUAUUGACUACCUCGCGCUCGCAAACCGUGCACUGGACGCCGGGAUGUUCACGGCUGCGGCUAUGUUCAUCGAGAUUCACCGCGAGUCAAGAAGCAGACAAAGCCUUGAUCCAGAUGCGCAGCUCGAGUCAUCUUUGCUGGAUCAGGUCUACAGCAAUGUUGAUGACCCCGACAGCUUCUACAGCAUCCCAACGUCGGGGUCACACGCAGCGCUACUGGAACUCAUGCACCACGAAGGCCGCUGGCAAUUCGCCUUUGAGAUCGCAGCAGCAUAUUUCGAAGUGGAUCGACAGUUGGAAUCUCGUACAAGCGUAGCGACUAUGGCCACACCUCUUCAUCAACUUGGCUUCAAUGCAUUUGCGACCAGCUUGAUCAACACCCGUGAUGCGCAGCCAUCAGGUCAAUCAAAUCACAUCCAAUACGACAUGGCCUGGCAAUCCGCCAACUGGGAUCUACCAGCACACGGCGACAAUGCAGAUGCGGGAAGUGGCCAGACACUUUAUCAAGCGCUCAGGGCGGUAACAUUUGCUCACGACAAAAGCCACGCCGUCGAGGCAGUGUCACUUGCGCUCAGACGGCAAUUGCAAGGAUUUGGCCGCAUGGCUUCUGAGCCAGGAAAGGCUUUGAGCGCCUCCUGCCUUGAAUUGAUCGGUCUAUCCGAAGUCCAAUCAUGGCUCGACAAAUGCAAGCGCAGUCCAAUGAGCAUGUCAGCAUUGGAAGCCAUCAGCGCAGACUAUAUGAGGGAGCCGCCUUCCGGAGUAGAUUCGCAGGUGAGGGUGCGAAUUCUGCAAGUACGCAAGUCCCUUGCGUAUGGAUGUCGAUCCGCUCUAGUCAGGACUUCCGUAGGCGGUUGGAACGACGAAGGUGUCGCACGAGCUGUGAAGAUCGAAUCACACCUGUGCAGAGAAAUUGCAAAAGCGGCCCGAGUGGAGAAGAGACUGCAAGCCGCUCUCGCCAUGAGCAAGCUGGUUCAAAACCUGGAAGAAUCGACAGGACAGAUCGAAUUCAGCAGCGUUCUCGAAUUUGCUCAGACACUGUGGUCGUAUGGGCAACAUACAGCCGCCCAGAACUACUUGACGCAGGCGAUGACCGAUAGGUUGCGCAUACCACUGGCUCUUGACGAUGGCGACAUUGGCGAGGGACUUACUCAAUCAGGCGUCUGGCACGCUGAGGCAAGGUCCGAGCAACCGCAAGUGAUCGAGGAUAAUUACUUUCAGCGGGCUCUCAAAUUGUCGACAGGCUCGAGUGUUAAUGUGACGCAGCAAUCGAAGGUCUUUCACCGCUUCGCAUCAUUCGCUCACGAUCAAUAUAUUAGAGACGCGAGCAGUGGCGAGAUUGCUCGGCUCAAAGAAGCAGUCGAAAAGCGAACGGAGGAAGUCCGUCAACACGAGGCGUUGGAGCGCAGCUCGCGAGAGUAUUCUCAUCAACACUCUCGUCACGCUCGAACUAUCCUGGAACAAGAUCGCGCCUCAUUGAGCAUGUUGGAAAGGCGCCAAGCUGCCGCUUUGGAGCAGGCCUUGACGAUGUUUGCACAAUCGUUCAUAACAUCAGACUUAUUCGACAAUAGUCUCAUUCGAUUUACCUCCCUUUGGUUUGAGAAUUCGGCUAACAACAUUCUGAAUGCCAAGAUCGAGAAUCUGAUCAACAAGAUUCCGUCUCACAAGUUCGUGCUGCUGACACAUCAAAUAUCCGCACGCCUCAGCAAGCCUGGCGCAUCCCCUUACGCAACGCCAGAAGAGCCGAAUCGACAGCGAUUUCAUCGGAUCAUUUCUCUUACAAUGGCGAGGAUGUGCAAAGACCAUCCUUUCCAUACCAUGUACUCUCUCUACGCUAUGCGCAGCCGCAACGUCACUGCCGAGAGUCAGAAGUCCUCCUCCAGGCGACGCGCCACUCUGACCCCGUCAGUCGCUCCCUCGCAGACAUUACGCGCCGCUGCAGCUGACGAGAUAUGGGAUGCGCUGCUGCGUCAAAAGGAGCGGCGGGGUCAGCUCCGUGACUUCUCUCUAGCCUGCGACUCCUAUGUCGAGUGGGCUAUACUUGAUUUGCAUAACUAUGGCACCCGCUUUUUUAACAAAUCGGGAACCUUGAAGCAAAGCAAGGACAUCAAGCUCCCCUCUUCCCGAGAGCUCAAGUUGGCAGCACUCCAUGACCUCCCUAUUCCAGUCGCUACCAUCGAUCUGCCUGUUGAUAUUUCCUGCAAGUACGAGUCGUUUGUUGGUGUGGCGAGAUACUCCUCCACGUUCAGCACCGCUGGAGGCAUCCAUCUGCCGAAAAUUAGCGAUUGUAUCGGCAGCGAUGGCCAGAGAUAUCGACAGCUGUUCAAAAACAACGAUGACCUCCGUCAGGAUGCGGUAAUGCAGCAGGUUUUCCGGAUUGUUAAUGGGCUCCUCGAGGAAGACACCCAGUCCCGUCGCCGGAAUCUCCGAAUGCGAACAUACAUCGUGCGCCCACUGGGGGACCAGUGGGGACUGCUGCAGUUCGUGAGCAAUACAAAGCCAAUCGGAGAACCGUUGCUCGACUUGCAUUCGAGACAUCGUCGAAAGGGCGAAAUCACUCCUCACGAAGGGCGCGGUGCUAUUGCUGCUGUGGGCAAGGCGUCGAAGUCUCAACGGCUAUAUGUGUUUGAGGACUGCUGUCGCAAGCUGCCUCCAAUUUUUCGCCGUUUCUUCACGGAAGAAUUCAAAGACCCGAUGGCGUGGUUUUCUUCUCGUCUGACGUACACCAGGAGCGUCGCAGUGGGCUCGAUCGUAGGAUACGUCCUAGGUCUUGGCGACAGACACUUAUCGAACAUUCUCAUCGAUGUUGCCAACGGAGAGCUCGUUCACAUCGACUUUGGAAUUGCUUUCGACCAAGGCAAGCUGCUUCCCAUUCCGGAACUUGUGCCCUUCCGUCUUACCCGUGACAUUGUCGAUGGGAUGGGGAUGCCCGGCAUUGACGGCGCCUUCCGGCAAUGCUGUCAGCAGACGCUGCGCGUCCUCCGGCAGGGUACUGAGUUGAUCAAAACAAUUCUCGAGGUUUUCAAAUAUGAUCCCUUGUUCAGCUGGACGGCCAACCCUGUCAAAGCCAUCCGUGCGCAAGAACGCGAUGAUGUCUCUGACGGCAACACUACCCGUAGCGGGCUUAUGCCGCCCGAUAUCACAAACGGGGCCCCCAUCAGUACCGCAGAGAUUAGUGCUGAUCGUGCCGUUGCGACGGUCAUGCAAAAGCUCGCUCCGACUCUGAGCGUGGAAUACACAGUCAACGACCUGAUUCAGCAGGCACGCGAUCCCCAGAACUUGGCCGUCAUUUUCAAUGGUGAGUCGAUCGUGCUUGAGCCCAAAGCUGAGUCAGUCGAUGCACUUCAUCGAGUCUGACUCUGACUCUCGCACGGCCUCCUUCCCCACCGCAUAGGCUGGCAAGCAUUGCUUUGAGCAGAGAACAGUCCUGGUUCCUCUCUCCGUUCAUCUAGACGUCAAACCCAUUUUUUGCAUAUUCCCAGCAUGGCCUAACCACGCAUUCUCAUGACCACCUCGUUUGGAGUGAGCCAAAAGCACCACACCAUCGUAUAGUAGAAAAACUUGCAGCCGAUCAUGCGUAUGCAUUGUAGUCGCCU